AUGGGAUCACGGAUGUUUGACCUCGCCACUUUGGGAGUGAUUUGCCUCUUCUUCACCUCCUCAUAUGAGCUGACGGUGACCAGCAGCGCUCUGAAGAGCUGCAAGAACAACCCGCAGCUGUGUGUCACCAAGCUGGAGGACUGUGAGCCCCGACCAGCGUCGUCCAGACUGGAGGACCUGAACGUGUCGUGUUUCUACCAGCCGGCCCGGUAUCUCUCUCUGUCUGGAUUCAUGAGCUGCAGCUGGAGCCGCGAACCAGAACCAGGCAGCCAUGAUGACUCCUCCUCCUCACUCAUCUUCAUCACCCAGGCUCCGGUCGUGUCGUGUGACGGCAUCUUCACUCUGGCCUCCAUCCUGAACGUCACGGUGCGGAUUAAAAACUACAUGGAGGAGAGAGAAAUCUGGUCUGAGCCUCAGAGGGUGGAUCUUUACCUCGCAGUCAAAGCCUUCCAGCCGGUGUUGACUGUGGUAAAAUCCACUGCCGCCUCAGCUCUCGUGUCCUGGCAAAGCAGUGGAGACGGCAGCUGUCGGCUCCGCCACAGACUCAGCACUACUGACAUAUGGACUGAGGAUCCAGAGUUUGUCCCAGUCCAUGGAAGACAGACUCGGCUCUUCACCAUCAAGGAUCUUCUGCCCUUCAGUGUGUACAGAGCGGCUGUGGCCUGCAGGGGGGAGACCGGAUUCUGGAGCGACUGGAGCUCCGACGUCACACUCAGGACGCUCGAGAGAGCGCCCUCUGGAGCUCCGGAGGUGUGCUAUCGCUUGGAGAAAACAACAUCGGGUGGAUCUUCUCUCCUUCAUCUGAUGUGGAAGGCUCUUGACCUCCUGGAGGCUGGAGGUCGUGUCCUGGGUUACCAGCUCAGCUAUGCACCAACGAAGAAGAAGCAGCAGCUGCUGCAGCAGCAGAGCACGAUCCUUAACACCACAGAGCUGACAGCGCUCCUAGUGGUGAAGGAGAGGUACUACAGCGUGAACAUCACAGCCUUCAACACGGCUGGCCUUGGCCCCGCCACGCAGCUCAGCGUCGACACACACACACAGCACACUCUGCCAUCAGUCAGACACCUGUGGGUUUCCAGUUUGUUUCCCAUCAAGGCUCUUCUUGUUCAGUGGGAGCCUCCUCCAGGCACAGACCUGCCUGAUGAUCAAUUAGCCCCUCCCACAGCGCCGCUCUCAGCCCUGCCCCCUGCCCCGCCUGUCAGUCAGUUUGCCAUCCGGUGGAUCUCCAAGUCGGACCCUUCCAGCAGCCACUGGAGCCGAGCGGACGGCUUCACCUCCUCCGCUGUCAUCCAAGGCCACCUUGAGCCCGAUCAGUCAUACAACAUCAGCGUCUUUCCCGUCUCCGGCGAGCUCUGCGGCCCCCCGCAGGCACUGCCGGCCAGCCUGCAGCACGGAGCCCUGCUAGAGGCGGUCAGACUGCAGCAGGUGGGCGUGACCAAAACGACGGUGACGGUGAUGUGGGCGUGGCAGAGGAGGACGGAGCCAAUCAGAGUCAGCCGCUACAGAGUGAUGCUGCGAUCGGACUCAGAGGAACAAGUGCUGUCGGUGUGGCCGGACCAAUCAGAGCACACCUUCCUCAACCUGACACCCAACACCGAGUACUCUGUCCUCCUAUUGGCUGAUGACGCCUCCAGAGAGCUCAUCCCCAUCAAAACAGAUUUUGAUGAGUUCACAGCCGUGGCCACAGCAACUCCUCUGCUCUUGUUGGCGUUCAUUGUGCUGGUCCUCUCCAUCCUGUCCAGGACUGUGUACAAAUCCUACUUCUUCCCUGAGAUCUCCAGCCCUCACGGCAGCACGACAGGGCAGUGGCUGAUGGAGCUGCACCACCAGAAAACUGCAGAGAGCAGCAUCCUGGACAUUGAAAACUUCCGGGUGACAGAUGUUCUGGGAAAGAAGCACCUCAAGGUGGUCGCUCCGGACUCCCGGCUCUCCUCAGAUGAGGACCUACAUGAACACACCCCCCCUCCGUCCCUCAGCCACCUCAUCAUCGAGCUCUCGGCCUUGAAGAUGAGCCUCUCUGAUCCUGUGACUGCAGGAACCACAGAGCAAAAACUGCUUUCUCUGCCAUCGUGCGGUCCUGACUACGUGGUGAACCUUCCUGAACGAGCUCCCGAAGAGACGAAAGAGGAAACUGUUUUUCUGCUGCCGAGACACACGGGCGAUUGUUGUUUUCCCGCGAGGGAGGACAAGAGCGGACCGGUUGGCAUUUCUCUGACAGAAAACGUCGUGAGCUGUUGUUUUCACGAAAACGGAGAGAGCUGCUGUGUUUCUCAGAUGCCUUGUGAGACAGAAUACGUGCUGAACUCUUACUUUGUGGAGAACCCUGCAGGCGAACCCUCGAGUGAAAACCAUCACGCUGCCGACAGAGCUGCAGAGGAAGACAGCAAGAACACGCUGAACUUACUUUGUUCGCUGUGA